AUGUCAUUCCUACACAUCGAUUCAUGUGAGUGCACAAAAUCUGAAUUAGAUUUAUUUGCAUUGCCACCUACACAAAUUGCUAUAGAACGAGGAGAAUGGGUUGAGUAUAAGCCUAUAUCUGCUCUCAACAAUGACUCACCUCAAAUUGAGUUUACUGUGCCCGGUAUUGGUGAAGAAUACAUGGAUUUAUCUCAUACGCUGCUGUAUUUGAAGGUUAAAGUGGUAAAAUCUGAUGGUACAGCGAUAAGUGAUAGUGAUGUCGUGGCACCUGUAAAUAACUGGAUGCAUUCUCUUUUUUCUCAAGUUGAUAUCUUUCUAAAUCAAAGACAAAUAUCAACUCCCACUGGAAAUUAUGCGUAUCGAGCUUACAUUGAAAAUAUCCUCAACUAUAAUUCAGAUUCUAAAAGUACACAUUUAAAAAAUGUGAUGUUUUAUGCGGAUGAAUCAAGUAAAAUGAACGAGCAUGCACAGAAUGAUGGUUUCAAAAAACGUCAAGCUCUCAUUGCUGGCAGUAAGGCUGUUGAAAUGGUUGGACAUUUACACUGUGAUCUAUUCAAUCAUGAUAGAGCCUUGUUGAAUGGUGUUGAGCUUAGAUUACGUUUAAUUAGUUCGAGGGCCUCAUUUGCGCUAAUGACUAGCACCAACAAUGAAUAUAAAAUACAAUUCUUAGAUGCCGCACUGAGUAUAAGAAAGAUGAAGCUGAAUCCCAGCAUACUAAUAGCGCAUUCGAAAACUUUGGAAAAAUGUAGCGCAAAAUAUCCUAUUACAAGGGUAGAUGUGAAGACUACAACGUUGGCUUUAGGUCUUCGUAGUUACACUGUUGAUAAUCUCAUUAAUGGACAGCUACCAAAACGCAUAAUUUUGGGCUUAGUUAAUAAUAAGGCUACAAACGGGGAUUUUAAAACUAAUCCUUUCAAUUUUCAACACUAUAAUCUCAACUACCUGUGUUUGUAUAUUGAUGGACAUCAAGUUCCUUCUAGAGCAUUAAAGCCUGAUUAUAAAAAUUCUCUUUAUGCUGAAGCCUACAACACAUUGUUUGGUGGUACAGGUAUACAUUACUCCAACCAUACUCAUACAAUUUCCAGAGAUGAUUAUGUUGGUGGAUAUGCUCUAUACUGUUAUGACCUCACUCAGGACCUGACAGCUCAUUUACCUACACAUUGGAAUCUUGUACGUCAUGGCAGUGUGCGUGUUGAUUUGGGUUUUGCGGAUGCUAUAGAAGAACCAGUUAACAUGAUUCUCUAUGCCGAGUAUGAUAAUAUUAUUGAAAUAGACAAAAGGAGGAAUGUUUCAAUCGAUUUUGGAAAUUAA